CGGAGCGUCGAAGGAAACGAAAGUCGAGGGGUGGGUGUGGUUGCUGAUAUGUUUGGGGAAUCGUGAGGUGGGGGGAGGAGGGGGAGGAAAAGUAGGGCGCCUGGAAGGGGCGCUUUUGACGCGCCGCCGUCGCCAUGAAGAAGUUUUUCCAGGAUAUCAAAGCGGAGCUGCAGUUCAAGGGAGCCGGGCCGGGCCAGAAGCUCAGCGAGUCGUCUAGAGAAAAAGCUCCCAAAGAGAAGCCCAAAGCUGACCCUCCUGCCAAGUCUCGCCAAGGGCCGACAAAUGAAGCCCAGAUGGCUGCGGCGGCAGCCCUGGCCCGGCUGGAGCAGAAGCCCAAACCUCGUCCCCCCACUUCCCAAGACGCCAUCCGGAAUCAGGUGAAAAAGGAGCUUAUGGCUGAAGCAGCUGCAAGUGAUCAAGGAGCCUCUGUGGAUCAGAAGAAUUCUUUACCUGCUCUUCAAGAAGAAGAUCCCUCCAUGCUGUCCGUCUCAGGAGUCUACUUCACUUGCCCUUUAACUGGGGCCACCGUCCGGAAGGAUAAAAGAGAGGCACAGGUCAAAAAGGCCAUCCUUGAGCAUGCUGCCCAGGACCCCGUGGCUGCUGCCAUCAUGGAAAUCCACACUUGCAACAGGGACCGGGAAAAAGUCAAACUCGGUGUGGAAACCAUUGCAAAGUACCUUGACAACAUCCACCUCCACCCAGAGGAAGAGAAGUACCGGAAAAUCAAGCUGCAGAACAAAGUGUUUCAGGAAAGGAUCCACUGCCUGGAGGGGACGCACAAGUUUUUCCAGGCUGUCGGGUUUGAAAAGGCCACCCUUAGUGUCCCAGGACAAGAAGAGGCCACGGAGGACUUCUAUGUCCUGAAGGAGGGGAAGCUGGGUGACCUGAAGGAGCACAAGGAGAAGCUUCUGAGCGGGGAGCCGCUCCGGGCCCUGCUAGAUCGCCAGCGCCGCAUCUUCAAGCCGUCCCCCCAGGCCUCCCGCUUUGAGCUGCCAAGCGACUUCUUCAGCAUCACCGCCGAGGAGCUCAAACGGGAGCAGAGGCUCCGGACAGAAGCUGUUGAGAAGGCGUCGAUGCUGAGAACGAAGGCCAUGCGGGAGAAGGAGGAGCAGAGGGAGCUGAGGAAGUACAACUACGCCUUGCUGCGCAUCCGCUUCCCGGACGAGUACAUCUUACAAGGGACGUUCUACGCCCGGGAGCCCGUCUCAGCCCUUUACCAGUUUGUGCGAGAGACGCUGGAGAACAACUGGCUCCCCUUUGAGCUUCUGGCCCCCGGAGGCCACAAACUGACCGACGAGAGCAUGGCGCUCAAUGAAUGUGGCCUGGUGCCGUCUGCCCUUCUGACGUUUGUAUGGGAUGCUGAUGUCAUGGCGGAUAUCAAGGCUUCCGGCGGGGAGCACAUGGGGAGCGUGCUGAAGCCAGACCUCCUGCUGACCGUGCAGACCCUGUCCUGAAAAUAAAAGCAAACCGGGAUGAGAUCCAGCCCGUCCGUCCCUCAUGCUCCCCUUCUCCCGUGUUUCUUACGGAGGCUGCUUCGGACACUCCCGUAACUCCCUGCCUUGUGAACACUAAACAGGGGCGGAAAUGGGGGGUGGGGAGGCUGCUGUUUUUCCUAGUGCGUGUUAGGGCCCUGGAAUCAGAGUAGCCAUGGCCAGAGCAGUUGCCUCGCCGGGCAGUAGCGCAUUGAGGACUUGGAACUGGUUCAAAACGAGAUGGAUCAAGAGAGAUAUUUUUACAGUGCUGCUUCCCCCCCCCCUUUCUAUUUAUAACCUUCCCUCGGAGGGGUCUUGUCCUCUUUCUAACCUCAAAAUGAAGCUUCUCGCUGGGGUUAAAAAAAAAAAAGAUGAAAACACUACCCUGCCCCGUGGACGGUGGCGGCACGAAUCGGUUUGUGCCGAGGGGCCAGGAGCACACACUUUAUGUUUCCGAUCCACAAACUUUGUUCCUCCCUGAUCCCAGGCUAGGAGAAAGUGCUUUUUUUGGUCUGUCUGUAACUGUGUCAGCCUACAACUGGCGGGAGAAGCUGUUAGCUUUAUUAAAGGAAGAUGUGCUCCCA